AACUCUUCAUCUCAUCUGUCACUUUUUAAGUACAACAAUUUGACAUGAUGAAAGACGACAAUGUAGGAAAAAUCUUGUUUGGAUGGACGAGUUUCAUAAGAAAAUUUGUGCUUCGAGUUCUUAGAGUUGGUCCAAUCCCCUCUCACAUUGCUGUCAUUAUGGAUGGAAACCGAAGAUAUGCUAAAAAGAAGAAGUUAGAUGAAGGAGCAGGUCACGAUGCAGGGGCUUUUGCUCUCUUGUGUUUGCUUGUUAAUUGCUAUGAGCUUGGCGUGAAAUAUCUUUCUGCUUAUGCCUUCAGCAUUGAUAAUUUCAGAAGAAAGCCAAACGAAGUUCAAAAAAUUAUGGAUUUGUUGAGGGAGAGUAUCACACUGUUGACUAGGAUAGCGAAACAUCUUCCAGUGAGAGUUCAUUUUGCCGGAAACCUAGCACUCUUAAGUGCAGAUCUUAGGGAUGCAGCCCUGAGACUUAUGGAAGCCACUGCUGGUUACUCUAAAUUUGUGUUCACAAUCUGUGUUUGCUACACUUACUCGGACGAGAUCAUUCAUGCUGUCCAAGAAUCUUGCCAAGAAAAAUGCAAUCAUAUUCAAGAAAUCAGGGGAAUUGACGCUUGCGGCCAUCAGGAUGAGAACCUUAUAAAGUUGGCAGACAUUGAAAAGCACAUGUAUAUGGCAAUUGCACCAGACCCCGACAUUUUAAUCCGCACAGGGGACGAGUACCGCCUAAGCAAUUACCUUUUAUGGCAGACUUCUUGCACCCAAUUGUCCUCCUUGUCCACACUUUGGCCAGAGUUUAGUAUCUGGCAUCUGGUGUGGGUGGUAUUGAAUUUUCAGCUAAACAACCCUUACUUAGAGAAGAAAAAAAUGCAGCUGUAGACCAUGCAAAAGGUUCAUACAUUUUAUCCUCUCCACCUAGUAAAUCACAGUAUUGUUUGUACGAUUGGGGUCAACAAGUUCUUUGUCUGGUAUUAGAAUUAACACUUAUAUCCCAAUCCCACAAUAAGUCUAUACCAUGUUACUAUAUGCAAUUGCAAUUAAGAGAAACAAUCCAUUGUCAAAAGGAUAUAUAGAAGCCAUGCAAAGGGCAUUUUUCUUUUCCACUUCUAGAUGAUGCAAAUGGUUAAUUUGCUUGCUGCAAUAUAUAAUUACAAGCUCUUUUAGCUGCGGAAAAAUAUUAUUUCCAUAUCAUCGAGAUUUCCAAUAAUGAUCUGUCAUCUAUUAUUGUGCCCUGAAUAGUUAAGACUAAUGGACUUGCUGCAAAAUGGUUAGGUGCGUUUAUUUUCUGAACUCUUCUGUAAAGAGCUUAAGUGUAAGGUUUGCCUUUUUCUUUUUUCCUUUUUCCUAAGGGCUUUUCUAAUUUUUCAUUUUUGUAGUUGUUCGCUAGCGCUUAAUAUAAGAGGCCAUUUUGUUGUAAGAUUGUGAUCUUGGCUAACAAGCACAAAAGCAAGGUUCAGUGUUGAAAGUGGUGACAUCACGAAAA